AUGCCUAUUCGUGAGGAAGCGCUGGAAACUAUGGGUGAAUCUCGUUAUAUAGCUCAGAAACGCUUGAAUCAGACCGUGAGAAGAUUGAACACCAAUCCUGAAAUGAAGAAACUUUAUUGUGAAUUCAUAAAUGAAUACGAAAAUUUAAAUCAUAUGGAAAAGGUUGUAGAUGAUGUUUCACCUUCUUUAUCAUAUUAUAUGCCACAUCAUGGCAUUUUUCGCCCGGACAAAACUUCUACAAAACUAAGAGUCGUAUUUAAUGCCUCUACGCCUACAUCGACAGGACAAAGCUUAAAUGACAUAUUGCUAACCGGAGAAGUGAGAGAAAACGUUUUUGAUUUGAUUGUUCGAUUUCGAAAACACAAGAUUGCCUUAACAGCUGAUAUUAGGAAGAUGUUUCGUCAAAUAUUAAUCGAUCCGUCUCAAAGAGAUUUAUUGAGAAUUUUGUGGAAAACUCAAGAAGACGAAGUGCCUACAGUAAUCAGAAUAAAAACACUUACGUAUGGAACAAAAAACGCUCAAUUUCUGGCCAUUAGAACAUUGAAGCAGUUAGCAAUGGAUGAACAGUUGAAUUACCCUCUUGCUUCAGAAGUUGUUCUUUCUGAUUUAUACAUAGACGAUGUAGUUACUGGAUCAACAGAUCUUGAAUCGGCUUUAAUGUUAAAGACUCAAUUGGUAAAAAUGUUUGAUAGCUGUGGCAUGACCUUGCACAAAUGGAACUCGAAUUCCAGGGACUUGAUCAAUGACAGCAACUUUAACAAAGAAUUCUCUUUCGAGACUGAAGAAUCUACUAAAACACUAGGUAUAAUUUGGCAACCAGGACAAGAUAAGUUCACUUUCAAAGUAUGCGUGUCCCAGCAAUCAGCCUAUACCAAACGAGAUGUAUUGUCAGUCAUUGCUAGGUUGUAUGAUCCAAUUGGCUUUCUUGGACCCGUCAUCAGUAGAGCUAAGAUAAUGCUUCAAACACUUUGGACUCAAGACCUUAAUUGGGAUGACAAUUUGCCGGAGCACAUUGCUCGAGAAUGGAAUCGUUUUGUCAGUAACCUGAAAGCUUUAGAGAACAUUCGAAUCGACAGAUAUGUUCUAAUCUCUAAAGUUAAGAAAAUUGCUCUCGUUGGAUUUGCUGAUGCUUCCACUUUGGCUUACGGAGCUGUGAUAUAUCUUCAUCCUGACAGUUCUAACUCUGCCUUUAAAAUCCUAGCCAGUAAAUCUAGAAUUGCACCUCUAAAAACAAUAUCCGUACCUCGUUAG